AUGGAGGAGUACGUUGAUUGCGAGUGGGAGGAGUACGUUGAUUGCGAGGAUUGCGAGUGGCAGGAGUACGUUGAUUGCGAGUGGGAGGACUAUGUGGUUAUCCACCGGAGGUCCGAGGAUUUCAAAGUUCCCACCGAUGAUGAUGAGAUUGAUGUCGCAGCCGCCGGCGAAGAAAUGGAUGAAGAGUGCUACGAAGUCCCAGUAAAUCGUGUUCUGGAAGCCUGCGAAAGUCGUUUUUCAAAGGGUUUUCGAGUUUUGAAUCAGGAAGGUAUUCUUGCUCGUGUUCAGGAUGAUAUUGCGAAGCUUUCGAGUGUUUUAUCGCUUUCCGAGGAAGCGACGACCAGGUUGUUGUGCAAAUAUGGUUGGAACAUUGAAAAUCUUUGCGACCAGUGGUUUCCCGAUGAAGACAAAGAGAAAGUUUGGAAGGUUUUUGGUUUACUGGGAAUAAAUCCAAUCGGUGAUCAAUCUGAAUCUGCUGCCGGAUUUUCUGGUGAUUAUCUUGUAGCAACUUAUAUGGGAUUAGGCCGGAAAGGGUCCAUGAGGUGGUGUCCUGCAGGUUGCGGCCGUGCGGUUGAAAUUCUUCUGGGGGAAACAGGUGGGAGGACUUAUGAUGUUACUUGUGAUUGUACACGUGAAUUCUGUUGGAAUUGUUUAGGGGAGGCUCAUAGCCCGGUAGAUUGUGAGACUGUGGAUAGAUGGAAAAAAUGUCCUGAAUCCCAAAAUAUGAAUUGGGUAUUAGCUAAUUGUAAGGCUUGUCCAUCAUGCAACAGACUACUGGAGGAUGCUACUGCAGGUAUGCAAGCGAUUUGUCCAUCACCUUGCAAUUAUGAAUUUUGUUGGCUAUGCUUAGGUCCGUGGUCGGACCACGAUACGACUGCAGAUGGAUAUUACACUUGUAGAUUCUACGACGAUGUGAAAAAAUCCGAUGAGUUGGACGAAACUGAGAAAGAAAGGGAGAGGGCUAGGAUUUCUUUGGAGAAGUACAGGUAUUGUCACGAGAGAUGGAGUACUCAUGAUGAAUGGAGGCAAAUAGCUUUGUUGGAUAUGCAAGAAUUGAAGGCAGUGCAUCUUAAGAACCUGAGUCAAGUUCAGAAUCGAAGCGAAGACAAUUUGGAGUUUAUCAUUGAUGCUUGGGAUCAGAUUGUGGAGUGUAGGAGAAUUCUGAAAUGGGCUUAUGUCUAUGGCUAUUAUAUACCAGAUGAUGAUCAGUGGAAGAUGAACUUUUUCGAGUACGUGCUAGAUCAAGCCGAGGCUACUUUGAAGAAACUCCAUCAAUGUGCACAGACUGAACUGCAAAUUUACCUCAAAGUUCCUUUGGAGGAUUUUGAUGGAUUUCGAGUGAAAUUGUCUAAGUUGACUUCGGUGACUCGAAAAUACUUUGAUAAAUUGGUUGGAGCAAUAGAAAAUGGUCUUCUGAUGCAGAUUCAGAAAGUUGCAAGAUAA